AUGCCUUUCGAGGAGUUUGAACGAGUAAUGGGCGCGUGUUCCAAAGUUUUCGCAACGUGGGAUGAUGAAUCGGAUAGACUCCAGGGCUUACUACGCGAUAUAAUAAAGAAGAAACGCGAAGAGCAGCUGCGUAUUGGAUGGCGAGGCGCACCUGCACAUCGACGACUGCAGAUACGCUUGGACCACAUGCGAAAGCAAGUUUAUGCCCCACUUCUCUUUCGUCUUUUCAUUGUCCUCAGUGCCAUCCCGUCAAUUUGCAAACGAUUGUUUCCAUGCCUUUUUAUCGAACCACUUGUAUCUGGUUUCUGCGUCUGUUCCAACUCUUGGAAUAUACCUGUAGCACCCUGCCUCCCACCCGAAGGAAGCACGAGAGUUGUGAUACUGAUAGGAUGCUCAAGCCUAGACACGAGAAUUCAAGAUGCAGAGGUCGGGUUCGAACCACCGACCUUCCAGUCAGUAAGUAUGCGCUCUAACCACUGGACUGGUGUAUCACUAAGACAGCGGGAGAGCUGCUGCAAUCAAACCGUGUUCCGUCACCAACAUGAGCAACUACGUCAGGUGAUUAUGCGUGUUUUACGUCCGGCACAAACCCGUGUAACUCACACUGAUGCGGGUAAGGAUGAACUUGCUGGAAACCAACCUGGCGAGAAUGCUUCUGCUGAAACGACCAAGGGACCAGACAAAGUUUCACGGAAGGUGCAACCACUUUUGGAUGCUUCCGAUGCGAAUGCGAUUGAGGAAGUGAACCUAGCGUACGAAAUCGUCAAAGAGAUUGAUUGCUUGGAUGUCACUAAAGAAGGAACAGACGCCUGGGAGGCGGCCGUAAAACGGCAAGUUUUUUCUUUCGCCAGUUAUCUAACUCAUUUCCAUUGGUUUGUGUCCUUCGUGGAAUCCACUAUGAUUAUUGUCAUCUUACCAAUAUGCUUAUAUUUGCACCAUAGAUAUGAUGAACGAAUCGAUCGGGUCGAAACCCGGAUCGCUGCCAGGCUUCGGGACCUUCUUGGUACUGCAAAAAACGCCAACGAGAUGUUUCGUUACUUCUCACGAUUCAAUGCCUUAUUCGUACGGCCUCAUAUUCGAGGGGCUAUCCGCGAGUACCAAACUCAACUGAUCCAGCGCGUGAAAGACGACAUCGAGGCAUUGCAUACCAAAUUCAAAGCACAGUAUUCCUCCAGUGAAGCCUAUCACAUGACGAAGUGUCGUGAUUUGCCUCCAGUCGCUGGUUCCAUAAUCUGGGCUCGCCAGAUCGAACGGCAGCUCAACGCCUAUUUACAUCGUGUCGAAGACGUCUUGGGAAAGGGAUGGGAGCACCAUAGAGACGGGCAAUUGUUAAAGACCGAAGGGGAAAGCUUCAAAGCCAAACUGAACACCACCGAGGUGUUCGAAGCUUGGGUUCGAAAAGUUUCACAAAAGCAGGUUCUUGUCUCUGGUCGAAUUUUCAACAUUGAGCCAAUCCGUGCCCGAAUUGCCACGAAGGAAGGUGAAACACAAACCGUUACGGUGUUGAAACUCCGGGUCAACUUCCAACCAGAAGUGAACACUUUAGCGAAGGAGCACAGAAUAGGUAACCGAAAAAGCUAUUGGACUGUAACGCCCUUUCGGUGCCUAGUUGCUAUGCCAUCCGGAAGAGGCACGAGGGCUGGGAUACUGCCAGGUUGCCCAAGCCUCAUCAUCACCGUCAGCUGCAAGAACCACGUGCGAAACAUGAAAUGGUUGGGGUUCCGGGUUCCCCUGGGUAUCGUGAACCAAGCUCACCAGACGAAUCAACUGUACCCGUUUGCUGUGUCGCUGAUCGAGAGUGUACGGACCUACGAGAGCACAUGCAUUAAAAUCGAAGAACAUCAGCGCCAAAACAUCGGUCUUCUGUGCGCUGGUUUGCGACGUGACGCGCAACUAUUCAUCUUGGAGGGAAUGAAUCUCAUCUGGGAAUCGUACCGGCUCGGUGUAUAUGUUCAGAAGUUCUCUGAAAAUAUGCUACAAUUCCAAGAAAAGGUUGAUGAUUUAUUGCAAACGACACGUGAAAUCGAUCUCCAAGUUAAAUCGCUCGAAACCUGUGUCUACUCCAAGGCUGUUUUUGAAGAGAUCAUAGGUAAAAUUCAAAAAGCUGUGGAUGAGCUCAAUCUCCAUCAAUACUCCAAUCUUCCACAGUGGGUCUCAAGGUUAGACGAAGAGGUUGAGCGCAGGUUGGUGGUUCGGCUUGAAGCCGGUGUGCGUGAGUGGACACGAGCUCUUCGGGGUGAGAAGUCGGAAGCUGAGCCGCCAUUUAUUGGAACGUCUGCAGCCAAGCACAGGUGGGGUCACAGGGGACCCCAUCCUGGAAGGCGUACAACACCAACAACACCUAAACUCUUCAUGAUCUCUUUCCUCUUUUCCGCCAACUCAUGCGUUGUCCAACUCGCGGUUUGCGCCCUUCUGAAGGAGGCACUGAGAGCAACGCUCAUUUCGGUAGACGGUGUUUUGGCAUGCGUAGCACAUGACCGAGCCAUCACAGUUGCUGAUGCUGGGUGUUUUCCCCGAUGGGAGUACCUGUCGCACAACCAAAUACCUCUGUGGACGUUUCCAGCAUUCUUUGCAUCCUCCAUUUCUUCAGCCUUUCGGGUCCACCAAGCUUCUCGGUCUGCAAUGGUACUUCAGUUUCACCUGGCGUCGGAUGAUGCGUCGGGUGGAGUUGUGAUUGCGGCCAAGAGGGAUCUGUCGCCGGGUCUCCAGCACAGACGCGUUCCUAUCAAAGAGAACGACGAUGACGCCCAAGAUACACAUUCCAGUCAGCAGUCCAAAAACCCUUUGGGUGGGGAACCGAAACUGAAGAUGAUUGUGCACGAGUUACGCAUCACAAACCAACAGAUGCAUCUCCACCCCAGUAUCGAAGUGGCCCAGCAGGAGUUACUGCUUAGUCUGGGCUCCUGGGAAGGUAUUGUUUUAAAUCUACCUCGAAUCCAACACUCACGAUAUCAGCCGCCAUUUAUUGGAACGUCUGCAGCCAAGCACAGGUGGGGUCACAGGGGACCCCAUCCUGGAAGGCGUACAACACCAACAACACCUAAACUCUUCAUGAUCUCUUUCCUCUUUUCCGCCAACUCAUGCGUUGUCCAACUCGCGGUUUGCGCCCUUCUGAAGGAGGCACUGAGAGCAACGCUCAUUUCGGUAGACGGUGUUUUGGCAUGCGUAGCACAUGACCGAGCCAUCACAGUUGCUGAUGCUGGGUGUUUUCCCCGAUGGGAGUACCUGUCGCACAACCAAAUACCUCUGUGGACGUUUCCAGCAUUCUUUGCAUCCUCCAUUUCUUCAGCCUUUCGGGUCCACCAAGCUUCUCGGUCUGCAAUGGUACUUCAGUUUCACCUGGCGUCGGAUGAUGCGUCGGGUGGAGUUGUGAUUGCGGCCAAGAGGGAUCUGUCGCCGGGUCUCCAGCACAGACGCGUUCCUAUCAAAGAGAACGACGAUGACGCCCAAGAUACACAUUCCAGUCAGCAGUCCAAAAACCCUUUGGGUGGGGAACCGAAACUGAAGAUGAUUGUGCACGAGUUACGCAUCACAAACCAACAGAUGCAUCUCCACCCCAGUAUCGAAGUGGCCCAGCAGGAGUUACUGCUUAGUCUGGGCUCCUGGGAAGGUAUUGUUUUAAAUCUACCUCGAAUCCAACACUCACGAUAUCAGGUCGGCUUGGAAGUUGGAAGCGAUGUACACAAGAACUACAAGAAAAUUUUACACAACUUGGACAGGGCAGACGAAGCUUUGGAACAAGCACACCAGGCCAUUUUGGAUGUGGUCAGCGAGGCCCGCGAAUAUGUGAAGACGUGGACAAGUUACCAAGCACUGUGGGAUCUACAGAGUGAUCAGGUCUAUGGCCGUAUAGGAACGGAUACUCGGGUUUGGAUGAAUGUUCUAGAUGAGAUCAAAAGCAUGCGUCAACAUUUCGAUGUCGCCGAGAGUCAAAAAGAAUUUGGACCGAUCGUCAUUAUGUUUGGCAAGGUGCAGUCGAAGGUUUCUCUGAAGUAUGACAAUUGGCAUAAGGAUAUUCUCAGUAAAUUCGGUAACCACCUGGGUACAGAAAUGCAAGAACUGUACAACGAAGUCUCAAAGGCUCGACUGGAUAUGGAACAACAAACAGUAGAAGCCGGUAGCACCAGCGAAGCAGUGAAUGCCAUCACCUACGCACAAACCGUGAAACGAAAAAUGAAGGCCUGGGAAAAACAGGUGGAACUCUAUCGGACCGGUCAGAACAUCCUGUAUCGUGAUCGAUUCCAAUUCCCUUCUGGAUGGUUAGACUCUGAAAAUAUCUUGGGUGAAUGGAGUGCGUUCCAGGAAAUUUUGCGCAGAAAGGAAACUGCUAUUAGUUCACAGGUUGCAAGUUUGCAGAUGAAAGUGGUUGCUGAAGACAAGGUAGUUGAAAACAAAACGACAGAGCUGCUUCUUAAUUGGGAGAAAGAGAAGCCAGUAGAAGGUGAUAUCAAGCCUGAAGAGGCCGUCAAUCUGCUGACCAUUCUCGAAGGCAAAUUCAUCCGUUUGCGCGAAGAACGCGAAAACAUCCAGCGUGCCAAGGAGGCUCUGGAAUUAACGGAAUUCGGUGUAGCCUCCCCAAGUGAGCAACGUGUGCAAGUGGCCAUCGAAGAGCUUCAGGACUUGAAGAAUGUUUGGCUCGAGCUGUCAAGGGUUUGGGAACAGAUUGAAACCCUGAAGGAAACCCCAUGGCAAACUGUGCAGCCGCGGAAACUGCGUCAGCAACUUGACACAAUGGCAAAUCAGAUCAAGGAACUACCCACUCGGUUACGUCAGUAUGCAUCGUACGAACAUGUGAAACGCACACUGCAAAGUUACGCAAAGGUUAAUGUACUCGUGGUUGAAUUGAAGUCGGAGGCUCUGAAAGAACGCCACUGGAAGAUGCUAAUGAAAAAACUAAAUGUCGACUGGACGAUGUCGGAACUAACUCUGGGGCAUGUCUGGGACAUUGAUUUGCAGAAGAACGACUCCGUUAUUCGGGAAGUCCUGUUGAUUGCUCAAGGUGAAAAGGCGCUGGAAGAAUUCUUGAAACAGGUCACUGAAGAAUGGAAGAACUACACACUGGAUCUGAUUAGUUACCAAAACAAGUGCAGACUAAUCAGAGGCUGGGAUGAUCUUUUCACCCGGGUCAAAGAGCGCAUAAACAGUCUAACGGCUAUGAAAAUGUCUCCUUACUUCAAGCAAUUCGAGGAAGAGGCGCUUGCAUGGGAAGACAGACUCAAUCGAAUCAAUGCGCUGUUCGACGUUUGGAUUGACGUCCAACGGCGCUGGGUCUACUUGGACGGCAUUUUCGCCGGUUCGGCGGAUAUUAAAAUUCUUCUCCCUCAAGAAUCCCAGCGAUUCCAAAGUGUGAGCACAGAAUUUCUGGGACUUAUGAAGAAAGUUGCUAAGUCUCCACUGGUCAUGGAUGUGCUUAAUAUUUCCAAGGUCGAUCGUCAACUCGAGCGACUGGCCGACCUGUUGUCAAAGAUUCAACGCUCCUUGGGUGAAUAUCUAGAGAGACAGCGUUCCUCUUUCCCCAGAUUCUACUUUGUUGGUGACGAGGACCUGUUGGAAAUCAUCGGUAACAGCAAAAACGUACCGCGUUUACAAAAACACUUCAAAAAGAUGUUUGCUGGCGUGCAUUCGAUCAAGUUAAAUGAAGAUAGUACCGAAGUGUUAGGGUUGUGUUCGAAAGAAGGCGAAGAAGUUAUAUUCAUUAAACCGGUGUCAAUCAAGGAUAACCCAGUAAUCAACGACUGGCUCACUCUGUUGGAGCGAGAGAUGCGUGUCUCACUGGCGACCUACUUGGGCAAAGCAAUUCAGGAUUUGCAGCUUUUGGGAGUUUUGUACGGACCGAAUUCGGAGAAACUUCGCGCAUCCGGCGAUUUGGAAAAGACCGGUUUUCUGGAUUGGCUUGAUCGCUUCCAUGCACAGUUGGUGGUUCUGGCCGCACAGGUUAUUUGGUCCGAAUCUGUGGAUGCAGCCCUAGCGGCGAUGGAUGGCAAACCGUCAAAAGACCCCGAAAGUCCACUGCACAAGUGUCUUGCUUCUGUGGAGAAUAUGUUGACCGUGUUAGCUGAUUCGGUUCUUUACGAACAGCCUCCAGUACGACGUAGGAAACUAGAGCACUUGAUUAUUGAACACGUACAUCAGCGAGAUGUCAUCCGCACAUUGAUACAGAACAAUGCUAACUCAUCACGGUCAUUCGAUUGGUUGAGUCAAAUGCGGUUCUAUUUUGACCCGAAACAAACCGACCCUCUACACCAGGUUUCCAUACAGAUGGCAAAUACCAAGUUCCAGUACGGAUUCGAAUAUCUUGGUGUCAUCGAUCGACUAGUUCAAACCCCUCUUACAGACCGAUGCUAUCUGACGCUUACACAAGCUCUGGAAGGGCGACUUGGUGGCUCACCGUUUGGACCUGCAGGUACUGGUAAGACGGAGUCGGUGAAAGCAUUGGGCACUCAACUUGGUCGCUUCGUUCUGGUGUUCAAUUGCGAUGAAACCUUCGAUUUUCAUGCGAUGGGCCGCAUUUUUGUCGGUCUAUGCCAAGUUGGAGCCUGGGGUUGUUUUGAUGAAUUCAAUCGAUUGGAAGAACGUAUGUUGUCAGCUGUGUCCCAGCAGAUACAGAGUAUCCAGGAGACUCUACGUGAUAUGGCUUGCGGAGCCAAAACGGCAGGAAAAGACGGUGUUACGGUCGAACUGCUCGGAAAACAGGUGACCGUUCAUCCAGAUAUGGCUAUUUUCAUCACCAUGAAUCCUGACUACGCUGGGAGAUCCAAUCUUCCGGACAACUUGAAGAAGCUCUUCCGCUCUCUGGCAAUGACUCAACCAGAUCGUCAGCUGAUAGCGCAAGUCAUGUUAUAUUCCCAGGGUUUCAGGACAGCCGAAGUGUUGGCCAGCAAGAUUGUGCCGUUCUUCCAGCUUUGUGAUGAACAGCUAUCGGCCCAGUCCCACUAUGAUUUUGGGCUACGUGCUUUGAAGUCCGUUUUGGUAUCUUCCGGAAACGUCAAACGAGAACGCAUUCGCCGCAUCAAAGAUGAUAUUUUGGCCCGCGGUGAAACUGUUAACGAAUCUUCGAUCGCAGAACAAUUGCCGGAACAAGAAAUCUUGAUUCAAUCCGUAAUGGAAACCAUGGUGCCCAAAUUGGUUGCUGAGGAUAUUCCGUUGCUUUACAGUCUCCUGACAGACGUGUUCCCAGGCGUUGUGUACUCCCCAUCAGCCAUGGAGGGACUUCGUCGAGAGCUGCGUCGUGUUUGUAAUGAAACAUACUUGGUUUACAAUGAGUCGGGUUUGUUCAACGAUGCAACUGGUCACGAAUCUAACUCAAAUAUCUCUGGUACCACAGCCGGCAGUCUUUGGGUGCAGAAAGUACUUCAGCUGUAUCAAAUCACUUGCAUCCACCACGGUCUCAUGAUGGUUGGCCCGUCUGGAAGUGGGAAAUCUAUGGCUUGGCGUACUCUGCUCAAAGCAUUAGAACGGCUGGAAGGCGUCGAGGGAGUUGCUCAUGUAAUAGACCCGAAAUCCAUAAACAAAGAAUCCCUCUACGGUUAUCUCGACCCGAACACUCGGGAGUGGACGGAUGGUUUAUUCACUCAUAUCCUCCGGAAGAUUAUUGACAGCAUUCGUGGAGAAUCACUCAAACGCCAGUGGAUUAUUUUUGACGGUGAUGUUGAUCCUGAAUGGGUUGAAAACUUGAACUCCGUAUUAGACGAUAACAGAUUACUAACCUUACCAAAUGGAGAACGGUUGGGUAUUCCUCCAAAUGUUCGAAUCAUGUUCGAAGUGCAAGAUCUACGUUACGCCACCUUAGCUACAGUCUCGAGAUGUGGUAUGGUGUGGUUCAGUGAGGAUGUGAUCCCUCCAGAACUGGCCAUGGAGCACUUUAUCCGCCAGCUACAGAACGUUCCGAUCGAUGAGGGUGAGGAAGAGACUGUUGGCUUCGGUUUACCUGUUGUGGCUCCCGAAUCUUCUGACCAGGUGCAAAGUCCUGAUUUUCAGGAUGUGCCUGGAGCAUCUCGCGAAACUGGACCAGUUAGCCCCACUCUCCGACUACAAUGUGACGUUGCCAGUAUACUUCAACCUCAUUUCGCGGAUGGCGGCCUUGUAUCUCGCUGUCUGGCUUAUGCCAAAGAUCUGGAUCACAUCAUGGAUUUCAUGCCUCUGCGAGCGUUGACUAGCUUAUUCUCAAUCAUGAAGCAGUGUAUUCGAAAUAUCAUGGCGUACAAUAUGAUGCAUUCAGACUUCCCUAUGUCUGCAGAUCAGAUUGAAUCAUAUGUAAGCAAAAGUUUGAUCAAUGCUAUUAUUUGGUCCAUGUGUGGCGACGGUCGUUUGUCGACACGGGAAGAGUUGGGCAAUUACUUACGUGAAAUCACCACCAUCCCUCUACCGCCUACUGGUGCACCAAUCAUUGACUAUGAAGUCAAUUUGAACGGAGAAUGGCAAGCGUGGUCACAAAAGGUCCCUGUGAUUGAAGUAGAGACUCAUAAAAUCACGUCGAUGGAUGUCGUUGUGCCGACAAUGGAUACAGUGCGGCACGAGGCUCUGCUUUAUUUGUGGUUGGCCGAACAUAGGCCAAUGAUCUUGUGUGGCCCUCCCGGAUCUGGAAAAACGAUGACUCUCUUCAGUGCUCUGCGAAGCUUGCCAGACAUGGAGGUUGUUGGUUUGAACUUUUCCAGUGCGACCACACCAGAAUUGAUGAUGAAGACAUUUGAUCAAUACUGUGAAUGCCGCAAAACCCCCAACGGAUUAGUUCUGGCACCAGUCCAGCUGAAUAAGUGGUUGGUGUUUUUCUGUGAUGAGAUUAACUUGCCCAACGAAGACAAAUAUGGUACUCAACGUGUAAUCAGCUUCUUACGGCAAAUGGUCGAGCAUGGGGGAUUUUACCGAACCUCAGAUAUGCAGUGGGUUAAAUUCGAGAGAAUUCAGUUUGUCGGCGCCUGUAAUCCACCCACGGAUCCUGGCAGAAAACCUCUCUCACACAGAUUUUUGCGUCACGUGCCCGUUAUAUAUGUGGACUAUCCCGGCGAGUUAUCCCUAAAACAAAUUUACGGGACAUUUAACCGUGCCAUGCUGCGACUUCUUCCCUCACUUCGUUCUCAAGCCGACGCGUUGACAAAUGCGAUGGUUGACUUCUUCCUGUUGUCACAAAAACGGUUUACGCAAGAUAUGCAACCACAUUAUAUCUACAGUCCACGUGAGCUAUCACGGUGGGUCCGUGGUAUUCAUGAAGCCCUCAAACCAUUGGAUAGUUUAUCGGUCGAAGGAUUGGUACGUAUUUGGGCACAUGAGGCUUUACGUCUAUUCCAAGAUCGUUUGAUCGAAGAAACUGAACGGCAAUGGACUGACGCCCACAUAGAUGAUAUCGCUUUGAAGUACUUCCCUUCUAUAGACAAAGAAGCUGCAUUAAGCCGACCAAUCCUGUUCAGCAAUUGGCUAUCGAAAGAAUAUUGCUCGGUCGAGCAAGAGACUUUACGAGAUUAUGUCAAAGCACGUUUGAAGGUGUUCUACGAGGAAGAACUGGAUGUUCCGUUGGUUUUGUUUAACCAAGUGUUGGACCAUGUGUUACGUAUCGACCGUGUGUUCCGACAACCACAGGGACACUUGUUACUAAUCGGAAUAAGUGGAGCAGGAAAGACUACACUCUCACGAUUCGUAUCUUGGAUUAACGGGCUUAGUGUUUUUCAGGUCAAAGUGCAUAACAAAUAUACUGCUGAAGAUUUUGAUGACGAUCUGCGAAACGUUCUGCGUCGCGCUGGUUGUAAGGGCGAAAAAAUCACUUUCAUCAUGGAUGAGUCGAAUGUCCUGGACUCCAGUUUCUUGGAGCGUAUCAACACAUUAUUGGCCAAUGGUGAAGUUCCUGGUUUGUUCGAAGGUGAUGAAUUUGCCGCACUCAUGACUCAAUGCAAAGAAGGUGCAACCCGUGAUGGCUUGAUGGUUGACAGUCAUGAGGAAUUGUACAAAUGGUUCACCAACCAAAUUUGUACUAACUUGCAUGUGGUGUUCACCAUGAAUCCUUCAGAGGAUGGUCUCAAAGAUCGAGCAUCCACUUCUCCUGCCUUAUUCAACCGAUGCGUCUUGAACUGGUUUGGAGACUGGUCAAUCGAGGCAUACUUCCAGGUGGGAAGAGAGUUUACUAGCAAAACAGAUAUGGAGCGACCCGAUUACAAAGUUCCAGACUUUGUGCCCGCGGUUGCUGAACAUUUGUUGCCGGAGUGCCCAUCUUUCCGUGAAAUGGUUGCAAACGCCUUCGUGUUCGUACACACAACACUUCAUCGAGCGAACGCUCGCCUGCAGAAACGUACUGGUCGAAGUAUGUGGGUUACACCACGUCAUUUCUUGGACUUCAUUGCCCACUUCGUCAAGCUGAUGACUGAGAAACGCUCGGAUUUGGAAGAACAGCAACUCCACCUACAAAUUGGGUUGCAGAAGAUUAACGAAACUGUGGAACAGGUCGAGGUUAUGCAGAAGUCAUUGACCCAAAAACGCCAAGAAUUGGAACAGAUGAACGAAGCUGCCAAUGCAAAGUUGAAACAGAUGGUGCAUGAUCAACAGGAGGCUGAGAAGAGGAAAACAAUGAGUCAACGACUUCAAGAAGAGCUGGCCAGCCAGGAAGUGUUCAUCAACGAGAAACGAACUUUGGUGAUGAAUGAACUCAGUCAGGUUGAACCAGCUGUCAACGAUGCGAAGCAAGCCGUCAAUUCCGUUAAACGUGCACAAUUGGUCGAAGUGCGUUCGCUUGGCGCACCGCCGCCACCAGUCAGACUUGCUAUAGAGGCGGUCUGUACCAUGUUGGGGGAGACUAGUAUGGACUGGAAAGACCUUCGUACAUGCUUAGUCCGCGACAAUUUUAUCCCCUCAAUCGUCAAUUUCAAUGUCGAUGACAUUACCUGUUUCGGAGAUCCGUAAACGAGAUAUACAGGAACUAAAAGCCAUGAAAAAUCCGCCUGCAGCAGUCAAACUAGCAAUCGAGUCAAUUUGCUUCCUUCUCGGGGAAUAUUCCACGGAUUGGAGACAAAUUUUAACCACAAUUAUGAAGGAUACCUUUGUACCUAGCAUCCUGAAUUUUAACACAGACGACAUUACUGACAGCAUACGUGAAACGAUGAAAAAGAAGUACCUAAACAACCCAGACUAUAAUUUUGACAAAGUGAACCGUGCUAGCAGUGCUUGUGGACCUAUGGUUAAAUGGGCAAUCGCACAAGUUCAAUAUGCGGAUAUUCUCAAGAACGUGGAACCCCUAAGAAAUGAACUGAAAGCUUUAGAACAAGCCGCGUCGAAGAACAAAGAGGAGGCAAAAAAUGUCGAGAGCACCAUAGAAUCAUUGGAACGCAGCAUUGCCAAGUAUAAAGAAGAAUAUGCGGUUCUCAUCAGCCAAGCGCAAGCUAUCAAAUCAGACCUGGCAACAGUGGAAGCAAAGGUUGAACGUUCCGUAGCUCUGAUCAAGUCUUUGAGCAGCGAGCGUUCUCGGUGGGAGAGCGGAGCAGAAACAUUCAAGUCCCAGAUGUCCACCAUUUUCGGUGACUGUCUACUCUCUGCUGCAUUUAUGGCUUACGGCGGCUACUUUGACCAACACUUACGUGCUAGUCUGUUUGCAACAUGGUGUCAGCAUCUGCAGUCUGUUGACAUUCGUUUUCGAAGUGACCUGGCUUUGGUCGAGUACUUGUCAAACCCAGAUGAGCGACUUCGGUGGCAGGCAAAUGACCUACCAAACGACGAGCUGUGUGUCGAGAAUGCAAUAAUGCUUACCCGUUUCAACCGAUAUCCACUGAUCAUUGACCCCAGUGGACAGGCCACGGAAUUUCUGUUAAACGAAUACAAAGCUAAAAAGAUAAUGAAGACCUCAUUCCUGGACGAUGCUUUCCGGAAAACGUUGGAGUCUGCGCUUCGAUUUGGAACUCCUUUACUUGUGCAAGAUGUGGAAUCCUAUGAUCCUAUUCUUAACCCUGUAUUGAACCGCGAAGUUCGUCGAACCGGAGGCCGAACGUUGAUUACCAUAGGCGAUCAAGAUAUCGACUUGUCACCUACUUUCUCAAUCUUUCUUUCAACUCGUGAUCCUUCGGUUGACUUCCCUCCUGACGUCUGUUCUCGAGUAACUUUCGUGAACUUCACAGUCACCCGCGGCAGUUUGCAGACUCAGUGCUUGAACGCUGUUCUCAAGGCUGAACGACCGGAUGUUGAUUCGAAACGUUCCGAUUUGUUAAAGAUGCAAGGGGAAUUCCAGCUGCGGCUCCGGCACUUAGAAAAAGACUUGUUACAAUCACUGAACGAGGCGGAAGGUAAUUUGCUGGACGAUGACAAAAUCAUCACUCGUCUGGAGACGUUGAAACAGGAAGCGGCAGAAGUGGCUAAAAAGGUUGAGGAAACAGACGUGAUCAUGUCUGAAGUGGAAACGGUUUCACAACAAUACGUCCCGUUGGCCCAGUCUUGUUCCGCCAUCUACUUUACUCUAGAAGCAAUGAAUCAAGUGCAUUUCCUGUAUCAAUACUCUCUACAAUUCCUGUUGGAUGUCUUCACGUGUGUGCUAACACAAAACGCUCGAUUAAAGGAUGUUCGCGAGUCGGCCCAGCGUUUGAAGAUUAUCACACAAGAUUUAUUCCAAGUUACGUACAACCGUGUGGCUCGUGGAAUGCUGCACAAUGACCAAAUCACAUUCGCUGUACUUUUGGCGCGUAUUUUCCUUAAAGGCCAGGCCAACUCCAAGUCACUGAGCCUGGAUACUGAAUUCGAUUGUUUCCUCCGAGGUCAAGAUAUAAUGCCGAAGGAAACUAUCUCAAAAGGUUCCGCCAGUGCGGAUGCGGAACAGGCAAGAGUGAUUGAUGUACUCAAGAAGAAGCUCGCUUCUUUCCGGAAUUUGGAUAGUGCUAUCGCUCAGAAUCGUGCAGCCUUCAGCGCCUGGAUCAAUAGCGUCGCACCCGAAGCCAACGUUCCAGUCCUUUGGGAACCAGCCAAAACCGAGGGGCCAACUCCAAGUUGGUUCACUCAGGCUCAAACUUCCAUUUAUCAUCUUCUGCUGAUUCAAGCUUUCCGCCCGGAUAGGCUGCUUGCAUCCGCACACCGUUUGGUUUCAGCCGCUUUAGGUGAAACUUUCAUGGACGAGGCCAGAGGGCAUUUGGAUCUUUUGUCCAUUGUGGAACAGGAGAUACGAUCAAAUAUGCCGAUUCUACUUUGCGCUGUACAGGGCUUUGAUCCUAGUGGCCGCGUAGAGGAUAUGGCGUCCGAGCAUCACAAACAGUUAACGAAUAUUGCUAUAGGUUCGGCCGAAGGUUUCUCACAAGCCGACAAGGCUAUCAACUCGGCGGCCAAGAACGGCAAAUGGGUUAUGCUGAAGAACGUUCACUUGGCUCCUGGUUGGUUGGUCCAGUUGGAGAAAAAACUGCAUAGUGUUCAGCCGCAUCCGAACUUCCGAUUGUUCCUCACUAUGGAAAUCAACCCAAAACUUCCGGUCAAUUUGCUGCGGGCCGGACGAGCCUUUGUGUUUGAACCACCACCCGGAAUCAAAUCCAGCCUGCUACGCACAUUUGCCAGUGUUCCGGCUGCUCGGAUCUCCAAGGCCCCUGCGGAACGUUCUCGACUCUACUUCCUUCUGGCUUGGUUUAACGCAGUUGUUCAGGAGCGUCUGCGUUACGUACCGCUGGGUUGGUCCAAACGUUACGAGUUCAACGAGUCCGACCUCAAGGUUGCUUGUGACACAAUUGAUACUUGGGUGGAUAGUGCUGCGAUGGGACGUACCAAUUUGCCACCAGAGAAAGUCCCAUGGGCGGCACUGCGCACACUGUUAGGUCAAAGUAUUUAUGGAGGAAAGAUUGACAAUUCGUUUGAUCAACGACUCAUGGAAACGUUUUUGUCAGUUUUAUUCACUGAAGCCAGUUUUGAGCACGACUUUCCACUGGUACGCGAUGUGGAUGGAAAUGCAGGUAAACAUAUUCUGGUUCCGGAAGGCAGUAGUCGUGAUGAUCUUUUGGCUUGGAUCAAUAAACUGCCGGAUGUCCAAACACCGUCAUGGCUCGGUCUGCCAAACAACGCUGAAAAAGUCCUACUUACCAAUCUAGGCCAGGUGAUGACAGGAAAUCUUUUGAAACUGCAAGAAGCUGCAGCAGAUGAUGAAUCCUUACCAAUCAGCGCAUUUGAUCGCAAGAAAUCGUCCGUGGUGUCCGACUCACGACCUCCGUGGAUGCGCCAGCUACUCGGCAGUGCCUCAGCAUGGCUUUCUUCUCUGCCGAAAACGGUCAAACGCUUGACUCGAACAGUGGAAAACUUGCGCGACCCUCUCUAUCGGUUCUUUGAGCGGGAGGUGAAUAGCGGGUCCAAUCUGUUGGCUUCUGUUCGCCAGGAUCUAGAAGUUAUUAGUGCGGUUUGUGCCGGUGAACGCAAACCGACCAAUCGGUACCGCUUAAUGAUGUCGGAUUUGGUGAAGGGUUUGAUUCCCAGCGACUGGAGGCAAUACAACGUUCCCAAAACCAUGACAGUUAUUCAGUGGAUCAGUGACUUUGGUCUUCGUGUGAAGCAACUUGUGGCUAUCAGUGAGGCUGCUGCAACUGGUGGCGUUACCGCAUUGCGGGAUAUUCAGAUCUGGCUUGGAGGUUUAUUCAUGCCAGAGGCUUACAUUACCGCCACACGGCAAUUCGUCGCUCAAUCAAAUGGGUGGGCUUUGGAAGAACUUUACUUGGAUGUACAACUUGUGCUGCAAGGCAAGGGCGGAAAGACGACUGCUUCGUCCACAUCCGGUGCGUUUACUGUUCGUGAUCUGACUUUAAUGGGUGCCGAGCCGUUGGAUGAGUCUACCCUCCAUCUAUCGGACACUAUAUCUGUCGACCUACCCUUAACCGUGUUAAAGUGGAUCAGACUGUCUGCGGACGAGCAAGCGGAACGAUAUGUGGAGCAACCUGGAUCAGUUCGUCUCCCUGUAUACAUGAAUGGAGCGCGCAGUGUGGUUUUGUUCACUCUGCGGUUGUCCGCAAAGGAGCCAAGUAAUCGUUUCUACGAACGUGGUGUUGCCCUGUUGGCUUCCAAGUUGGCUUAAACUCACUGAAAUCACACGGACGGACUUGAAGGUUUCAGCAAAUUUCGUUUUUCUGUGAAUGACUUUGCUGGCGCCGCCGAACUGAGCGAUACCAUUUUGAUCAUCACUUCUACCCAAAUAUCAAGUCACGCUUCUUAACUACAUCAGAUAACUUUGUGGCUGGCCUCCUUUUCCCCUAAUUUAUUUCUUGUCGCUUCGGCUAAAUUUGUCCCUGUUCACCCAGUACGAAACCCCGAGGAGACCUUUCCCUGUUCUAAAGAUAUCGCUUCAGUUUGUUCAGCGUUCCCAUGAUCUGAUUCUCACAUAUCCAUGGCACUGUGGGGGUUUUAUACAUUUCGUCAUAAUCUGAUGUCCCUGGACCCAUUUUCCGCCUCAGUUAAAUCACAAGAAUAACCAUAAGAGUGCUUGUUUCUUUGGCUUUCGAGGACCCCAUUUUUGGAAUAUCUGUGUUUCCUUGUCUCAUGCGCUUCAGGUUAUUUGAUCGUCAUUCUUACCGUACAUAAUAGUCUUUUUAUGUUCGUGAUAUUUG